CUCAAGAAAUAGAAAACGCCCUGAACUCUCCUGCCCGCUUAGUGCUGCCUUUCAGGGGAGGAGGACGCUGCCGACUAUCGACGUGUGCGGGAGAAGAUGCCGCCGCCGGCGACCCCGGCCCCGAGCGCCGCGGUGCACCCAUGCUUGAGGACUCACGGAAAGGAAGUCGCUAGGCUGCACCUGUCCGACUGGAUCGUGCUGCUCCUGCUCGUCGCCACCACCGGCGUGCUCGGCCUGGUCCAGCCGUUCCACCGCUUCGUGGCGCAGGACAUGAUGUCGGACCUCCGGUACCCCGUGAAGGGCAGCACCGUGCCCGACUGGGCCGUGCCGGUUAUUGCCGUCGUUGCGCCCAUGGCUUUCAUCCUUGGAAUAUACAUCAAGAGGAGGAACGUCUAUGACCUGCAUCACGCCAUUCUUGGCCUUCUGUUUUCCGUUCUCAUAACUGCUAUCCUGACCGUUGCGGUUAAGGAUGCGGUUGGCCGGCCGCGCCCGGACUUCUUUUGGCGCUGCUUUCCUGAUGGAGUGCCGAAGUACAACAACGUCACCGGAGAUGUGAUAUGCCACGGUAAACCGGGCGUAAUCAAAGAGGGGUACAAGAGCUUCCCGAGUGGGCAUGCUUCAGCUGCUUUUGCUGGGCUUGGAUUUCUGUCAUGGUACCUGGCAGGCAAACUGAAGGCUUUCGACCGGAGAGGCCACGUCGCCAAGCUCUGCAUCGUUCUUCUGCCUCUGCUUCUCGCAACAAUGGUGGCAAUAUCGCGGGUGACUGACUACUGGCACCACUGGCAGGAUGUGUUUGCCGGUGGAGUCCUUGGAUUGGUGGUUGCUUCAUUUUGCUACCUUCAGUUCUUUCCACCACCCUACAGUGAACAUGGAGUUUGGCCUCAUGCGUACUUGGAGCACGUUCAUCUUCCAGAGGGUGAAAUGCAAGUGCAGUCAACAACAAACUCGGAUAUACACCAUAACUCGCUGUCACUUGAUCUUUCUAGAUCAAAUGAGACGAGAACCACCAGCCAUGCACUGGAUUCCAUGGAAGAAGGGAGCAGAGAUCACUGACUGAUGAAUGCGAAAGUUCCACAUUAUUUCUUUCAUUUAUACUUUUGUAAUGCGAGUGACUAAAGGAAUAUAUGACUUCAUACUGUUAGAGUAUAAUUUAGUAUAUGUGUACUCCCUCAGUUUGUAAAUACAGUAUAAGUCUUUUUAGAGGUUUCACUAAGAGACUAUAUACAAACGUAUAUAGACAUAUUUUAGAGUGUAGAUUCACUCAUUUUGCUUC